UGUUAAAUUUCGUCUUCAUUCAUUAUUCCAAUCGGUUUUGUCGGAAAACUAAAAUUUAUUUAAUCUCUAUGUUGUUUUUAAAUGAUAUUCAUUUAAAAACAAUAAUGCUUUAUUAUGCUAUUAAAUCUAGAUAUUAAUUUAUUAUUAGUUAAGUGUGUCUUUGUUUUAAUUAGGGAUAUUAUUUGUAAUGAUCAUUAAAAUGGGUGCUAAGUUGCUGUAUUCGAAGUGUAAAUAAAGUGAAUAAUGAUGUGCGACAGAAAGAUUUUAAUUAUGAUAUUAUGUACCAGUUUGUAAAGUAAUUUUUUUGUGUAUAUAUUUAUAAUUUACCUAAAAAAAUGCGCUUUCACCGGAGGUGCGGGGAGAGAGUCACGCUCUUCAACAAUAAUUCCACAGCCAUACGGAAUUUCGUAGAAUUUAAUCACGGUCUCAUUCUCAGUGCCGAACCUCUUAGGGACGAUAUCAUAUUUGAAAUAUGCAUAGACAGAAAGGUAAAUGUAUGGAAUGGCUCUCUAGAAAUCGGUGUUACAACAUUAGAUCCUGAAUACAUGGAGCUUCCAGCCACAGCAACCAAACUGCGCAAUACAGCCUGGAUUAUGUCAGGUAGUUCUAUAGUUAAAGAUGGUGUAACUCUAGUCAACUCAUAUGGGCCUGAGUUAGACACUCUUCGGGAAGGGGAUAGCUUAGGAGUUAUGAGAACAAAUAAGGGGGAAUUAAUGUUUUAUAUCAAUGGACGGUGCCUUGGUAUUGCAGCAAAAGACUUGCCAUCAAGAUUGUUUGCAGUGAUAGAUUUAUAUGGACAGUGUGUGCAAGUUUCUAUAACUCAUUCUAAUGGAAUGAGGCCGAUUAUGGAAAGUAGUUUAGAUCAGAUUGAAGAGGAUCCAAAUAAUGAUGAUACUUUAACAUCGAGUGAAAUGGAAACGGGAAUUCCAACCGAUUCAUAUUCUAAAGAAACCAGGGACGUCUUUAUUCCUAUGACUUCUGAAGGAGCUUGUGCGCUAAUUGCUCAAGACCGUUUACGUUUUCAUCCAAGAUGUGGUAUUCUAGUCAAACUAUCUGCUAAUAAUAAGUCAGCAGAGAGGGCGCGCCCUCUAGACGAUUACAAUAAUGGCGUGGUCAUGACGCAUCGGCCUCUUUAUGAUAAUGAACUCUUCGAAAUACGUAUUGAUAGACUGGUUGAUAAAUGGAGUGGUAGUAUAGAGGUCGGUGUAACCACGCAUAAUCCAGCUACAAUAAGAUUUCCGUCUACAAUGACAAACAUGGAUACAGGGACAAUCAUGAUGUCCGGUUGCAAAGUAUUAUUGAAUGGUCACGGUACUUGUAUGGAGUACGGGAAUUUCAACCUUGAUGAACUUCGAGAAGGUGACACGGUAGGGAUGAUGAGGAAAAGUAAUGGGAAAUUGCAUUACUUUAUCAAUGGCGUAGAUCAAGGUGUUGCAACUGAUAAAGUAGAGCCACAAGUUUGGGGUGUUGUUGACUUGUACGGCAUGACUGUUAAAGUCACAAUUGUUGAUCCAUGUGAAGACAUGGAUAGUAAUAUCAGCAACAUACCGGUCCGUGCAAAUACUCCAGAUUUGCCGGCAUCUAGUAGAUUUAGACCUAGAAUAGAUGAAGAGAGCCUUUUAUUUCAUUCGCUGCGUGAUUCGAAUGUUAUUAUUAUUAACGAUGGUAAGACUGCUCAUAGGCCUAAUGCUUUCGAAUUCUUCAAUAACGGAAUAGUGAUGACCAAUCGCACAUUAAGAACAAAUGAAUUGUUCCAAGUGCGGCUUGAUCUCGUUAUUCCGAAGUGGGCCGGAAGCAUUGAAAUCGGGGUCACGCAGAAUUCUUCAAAUGAAAUACAGAUACCAUACAAAAUGAGCAAUGCAAAAUCCGGCACUUGGGCAAUGACCGGAGAAGAUAUUAUACGGGACGGAACCAUAAUAAUUCCACAAUAUGUUAGAAAUUUAAAUAGAUUGGUGGAAGGAGACACGGUAGGCGUGAUGCGAAAGGACAUGGGCAUUCUACAUUUUUUUGUUAAUGGCGUGGAUCAAGGUCCAGCCGCUUUUAAUAUACCCGAACAUGUUUUUGGCAUAAUCGAUCUGUACGGGCGGGUAGCGCAGGCGACGAUAGUCAACACUUAUUUACCUCCACCAAUGUUAUCACCUGAAUCACCUUUAUCCACCGAGUCCAAUGCAACAAUAUAUCCUGAAAUGUGCUUCCACCGGGUCCACGGACACAACGCUCGUUUGAGUCGUAACCGUCUAACUGCAUCCCGGGCGACCGUGUACUCGGAGUUCAACGAUGCGGUACUGUUCAGUUCAAGACCGCUCCGAGAGUGCGACAUGUUCGAGCUACGAAUAGACAAGAUGGUGGACUGCUGGAUAGGGAGCCUAGAGAUAGGUGUCACAGCGAUCAGACCAGAUGAUUUGGAAGCGAAUGGCGGCGUUGGUGCUAUAGCUGGAACUGCAACAGACCUCAACUGGGACACGUAUAUAUUGAGCGGAGCUGCCAUGAUGAAAGACGGGGAAUGCGUGCGGAGCGGAUAUCCGCUCGAUCUCGACACUCUUACCGUUGGAAGCCGUGUUGGUAUGAUGUGGCACGCAGACCGGAGCUUACACUAUUAUCUUGAUGGCAUGGACAUGGGAAAAGCUUGGUAUGUGCCUCAUCUCAACAUUUACGCUGUCGUCGAUCUCUAUGGGCAAUGCACGCAGGUCACAAUAUUACAAAAUGAAGAAAGAGCUUUCAACUACAAUGGAUGCACGAAUUCGGACAAUUCUUUGCUGAGUAACUCGAGAGCGUUGUCUUCUCCGCCGCCACCAUAUUGGAGCUUCUCUGAAUACUCCGGCGAUAAUAUUUGUUUGAUGCAUGACUAUUCUAUCGCACGGCGACUCACUCCUGAUCCCAUGGCUGCGUUAGUGUUCAGUUCCGCUCACCUAGCACUUGGUGAAAUAUUUGAGAUAAAAAUAGUGGAGUGUAAGUACGGUUACGCGGGCAGUUUUCGUAUGGGCGUGACGGACAUCAACAUACUAAACGCUCACGUCAACCGCAGCUUGCCGCCCUCUAUUUGCUAUUUGCCACAUUAUACAGCUUAUAUUGAUGGAAGGUACAUGAAGUAUUCACGUAACAGUAGUCGCGAACAAGAUGUUCGGUCGUUCGUGCCUUCUUUCGAAUGGUUACGUCCCGGUGACCGUAUAGGUUUUAAAAAGACUAAUGAUUCUCGCGUGCUUGUCUAUUACAACUCGGAAUUACUCGAUAUGGUUUUCGAUAAAGUGCCUGAUAAAGUGUAUGUGGUUAUGGAAAUAUUUGGACAAGUUACUAAAAUUCAAGCCGUAUCUAGAGGAGUUAAUUUGGCUAAUGCAUUACCUACUACCAUCCCAAACGACGAGUGCUCGAAAGCGGUGCCUAUAACAAUUUGCAUGAACGACACUAGUACCACAAUUGCGGAACCGUCAUCUGCUGCCAAUGCUGUAGAAGUUAGUACUGAAAUAAUUGAACCUGUUGCAAUUGAAGUAAUAAGCAACGACUCAAGUGCCGAAGUGAAUCCAGAAUGUCUAGUGGCUGGUGCUGAAACGAGUAAUACUGUGCAAACUGAGAGCAACACGGUGUCGACAGUGCCCCUCGUUACUACGGAGCCCAGGCGACGGCGACAUCCCUUGCCAUAUACGUUUCAUUAUGUACAUGGAAAGAAUAUAAAGUUGUGUAGCUCAGACACAGUAGCAGUGCGAACAACCGGAUACAAAGAUGGUAUUGCCAUUGUUAGUCAACCGCUGAGGAGGGGACGAAAUUUUCGGUUCCGCGUGGACAAAGUGGCUAGCGAGUGGUCGGGCAGCGUGUCUCUCGGUGCGGUUGGCUCUUUACCUUCAGAGCCGUUACCGCAUUGUGCGAUGCACAUGGAACCUCCCAUAUGGGUGGUGUCCAGCGACCUUAUACACGAUAAUGGCACAUUUAAGAAUAGUCAAAUGGCGGCGGCAUUCGAAGAGCUCAACGAACAGUCAGUGUUGUCGAUACACUUCCGGUUUAACAGCGAGCUAGUAGUCGACAUCGAUGGCACAAUUAUCGGCGUCAUUGGCUCUGUACCUAGAAACCAUAGUCAUGUAUUUCCGCUAAUAGAUCUUUACGGACGAGUACACCAGAUAUCUGUAUUGCUUCAUCCAUAUGUCGUGGUAAGCGGUGCGUCAUUAGAUCUUCCAAUUAUUGAAGAAUCUUUGGCCGAAUUAGAAGUAAAUGAAGAUAAGAGUACGCGACAGAAUUUGACUGAUACACAAACACAAGAGACGCGCUCAAAACGCAAAGUAAAAGCCUACAGCCAAGAUAACCUCCUUGAAGAUGAAUAUCAACCCAUUGUAAUAGAAGCUGGUCCAAGUAGCAACUCUGAUCCUCCACCACCGGAUAUCGUUACACAUGAAGUAGAACUAAAAGAUGAAGUUAUAAUUAGAAAAAAUGGUCCUAAUCGGUUAGCUUUACAUCACAGUUUGAUAUUAUCGGAUACCACUGCCCUACCUGCCAAUAAUAAUGAAACGGUGAAUCGUUGCAUACAGAAAAGUCAUUCAACUCAGGGUUUUAGUCGUAUCACUGAAGAUAAUGUUCUAAAUGGCAAUGUAAAGGACACAUUGCGCCAAACUUUCAGCGUUGGCUCUGGAAUAGGUGAAGAAGGAGACGAUGUAGUGGUUCACGAAUGGUUUUGUGAUACAAAUAUACGACAUAAUGAUCGUUACCCUGAAGCGAACGAUGUGGAUAAUCUAGACAAUGAAAUCAUGGAUGCAUUAACUCUUGAGACUGGAAAUUUGCCUGAUUUAACCGAAGAACAGUCAUCUUCUAUAGAUGAGUCAACACGUCGUGAUGACUUCUGGUCGGAGCCUUUGUCUGCAGAAAAUUUAAAUUAUCUUAAUCGUAUAUUGUGUUUGGAUCAAGAAGCAGGAGAUGGUAACAGUUUGGAGUCGGAAUUGGAGGCGUCUGGUGAAGGUUGUGAACAUUUACACUUGGUUUUAAAGUAUUGGCACUUUUUGGUGUUACCUUAUCCUGAAUUGCGACAGGCGGUUUCUUGGGGCCAGGUGCGAUGUUACUGUACAAAUUGCCAGCCCGAUGCCCAACCACCAUUAGCUGGGUGGGUGCGUAUCGAGCGCAUCGAUGGUGUUGGGGCUGCCCAGCGCGCUUUCUGGCACGUAGUCCGUUCGACUUUGGGUUCUGCACAAGCGGCCAGCGAGUCCGGGGUCGUCAGACGACCGCGCUCGCUAGUACCAACACUGUGUACCUCGCCACCUCUCGCUGACAUAUGGUUCGAUGAAGAAGGGAAACCGCAUCAUACCGUGCUAGCGAUAGAAAUCGAUGUCGAGGGUUCGGAUGCGGAAAACGAUCGAUUAUUAGCGUUUUUGAUAUAUUUAAAAUCGCACGUUGUGUUCAUUGACGAUAACCCGCCGAGUUUAGACGAAUAAGCAUUCAUGCAAAUCUUAUAAAACUCUGUUAAUCACGAUGAACAAAAUGUAAAAUUUUAAACCUGAUCAGAAAUAUUUUUAAUAUUAACUAAUUCGAUAUUAUACACCAACAAUUGCAUGUGCAUCCAUUCAAAUAUCUACUAUGAAUCUUCAUAUUGUAUCUCAUAUCAAUAUUAUACAAGAUAAAAAUUAUAAUAAUAGUUCUAUAGAUGUAUGAAUCUGAUCAGGUUUAUAUAUUUUUGUUUUAUCUACGUAAAGGGCACAAAUAGGUUGUCUUAUAAGUAUUAAAAGAUUUAGUUUAUAAAAGAGUCGGUUUGUGAGGUGCAAUUCACCAAGUAAUUGGCAACUAUUUUAAUUAAUUUGGGCGCGUUCAUACCAAUGUCUGGCAUCAUCUGCAUUAUUUGGCAAUUUUUAGAAACUAUUAAACAGUUUUAUUUAUUGUUUAGAGAUGAUCUAAAAUAUGUUUUGAUAGCAAAUUAACUUAUAUAUAAAUCCAGUAUUAAAUUUUCUUUACAUUUGUACUAAUAUUAUAAAGAGGAAAUAUUUAUGUUUUUUAAGUAAUUAUAAGAACUUGACUGUUUUUUUAAAUUUUUUCAUCAAUAAAAAGUUAUAUUAUACACAGGUAAUACAGGUUAUUAAUUAUUUAAAAAAAAUAGAGAUGCCUACGAAAAUUACAAUAAUGCAACCCAUAGUAUCAAUUAUUUCCUAUUAAAGUUAAUAUAAAAUACUAAUUUGUCUUUCUAUCAAUCUACUCGUGCAAAGUUUGGACGAAUCGCUAGUAUUUUAUAUAUUACUUUUUCUAAGAUUUCAGAUAUCUUUAGUCAAAUUUAAAAAUUACUACCUAUCAAUAGUUUUCUAAGAAUCUUAUUAUAUGUAUUUGAAUAAAAUUUGACAGAUAAUUUAGAUAUUGCUGUACUUUGGUAUAAACGCUUGUAAAGCAUUAUGUGAUUAUAAUUAACCUAUGCAUGUAUACUUUUUAAAUGUUUUAAACACAUUAUUUUUAUGAUCUCAGAAAUAAAUUUUGCCUAGGAUUUAUUUUAUGCUGUAUGAAAAUUUAUGUGAAUUUUACAUAUAUUGUUGGCAGUCUUUAGUUUUUAUUUAUAAUAUCUGGCGAAAUGUAUACAUAUUGUCUACUAAUAUAUAUAUAUUUUAGAUGUAAACAAUCCGAAGAGAGCAUUCUUUAUGGUAGAUACGUAAUAUUUAAGGCAUUUAAUUAUACGACUACUGAGAAACAUUCAUACUGUAUGCAAGAAAAGCCGCGUGUGUGUUCGCUCUUUGUUUAUAGUAAUAAUGUUUUAUAAGAAGUGUCAUAUUGACACGUGCUCUAGCGAUGACACCAAGCGGAUAGUGUGAAUGAGUCUCUGGUCACAUGCAACAACAUUUUUGCAUAUACAGUAGCAAUCUAAUUGUUUUAUCAGUGUAAACCUCAAAAUGGAAUCUUUUAUUGAUAUUAAAUUUAAUUUUCGGAAAUUAAUAUUUUUUACAAUUAAGGGUAUUAAUUAUAAAACUCAUAAGAUAUUUUUUUUAUUAUUUAGAAUGACUAUUUUUCUAGUCUCGUUUUAGUACUCAGGGUAUAUUGGGGUUGAUUCCAAGACUACGUUCACUGAACUUGUCUCUAAAAUUGAAAUGCUAAUUUGAUAUUACAUCGAAAUCUUUACCUCUAAGGAAUGUUAUUUAGUAUGAACUAAAUUGCUACUAGAUUUAAGUCUAAAUUAUUAUUAACUUAGAUUAUGAAGAUUCAUAAAAUAAUACAUUCGUCAAAUUAUGAGAUUAGUAUGUUAUUUUAGAGAUACGUUCAGGGAAUAACGUUUGUGAAACGAGCCCACUAUUACCAACAAAGUCAAUUUUCCAGCUCAAUUUUUCUUUAUUAUUUUCAUUUAAAUUAGUAUAAUUUUAGACAUAACUUUAAUAACACAUGCGUAAUAAAGUCACGAGAAAGUAAUGUUGUGCCUAUAAAAGUACCUAUAUGAGAAUUUUGUGGAAUGAGUUCCCUACUGAGGAUUUCCCUAGAUUCUUCAUAAUGGGAUUCUUCAAAAAGGACGUAUUACAGUUUCUUCAGGGUUGGCACUGUGCACUUGACACCUAUAUUGUUGCAGUUAUCCAUAGGCUACAGUGACUGUUUACCAUCUGACGGGCUGUAUACCUUUUCGCCAUCUUCGCAUUAUAAAAAAAAAAAAACCGUUGAUGAAAAUAACAAAUUAUUGAGAUAUGGAGUAUACAUUUGGUAUACAGUUCUGAUUCUGAAUACUCCUUACUUCUCGUAUAAUAUUAGUAAAUUUAUUCAAUUUAGUCGUUUACGUGAUUCUAAUUUGUAGUCUGUGUUUAUUAUACUCGUCGUUGUCAGAACUUCGUUUGGGGCAAUGGAACUGUCAUCUUUACGAGACAAAAACCUCUAAACAAAAUUUAAAUCUUUUAACCUGUUCCUGUGAUAUUAGAAACCAAAGUAUAAAUACUCUAUUAAUAUAUUAUUGUGUUUCGAUUAAAUUUUAAGACAAUUCCAUUGAGCGGUUACAUUUAAAAAAAAAAGAAAAAAAAAAACAAAAUUCUAUUGUAUUUAAAAAUGGAAUGCACUGGAACUGUUUUGAGGGACAGGAUAAAAAUUUUGAAUCUUUAUAAAUUCUAUGAAAUUUGUUUGUACAGGUAUAUACCUAAAGUUAUAUAACUAAAAUCAAAUUAUUUUAAUUGGAAAUAACUUUAAUUAAGUAUUGUAUAGUAAAAAAUAUUCUGGACCAGAGUACUCAGGAAAGAUAAAUCAAAAGUAAUUUAUUUUGAUUUCAAAAUUUACAGUUUGGAGGUAAGACUGACAUUUACCAAUUUUCUUAGGCACGCUGCCUUAAGUACGAAUAUUAAUCAUUUGUUUGAAUGUAUGCAUGCAAGAAUUUAUUCAUUCUGCUUGUUUUUUCCUAAUAUGCUUAUUAUGAAUGUGACUAUAUUUCUGUAUUUAUAUCUAAUGGUUUGGCGAUUGCUAAACUGAGGGAAGUAUAAACGAAUUGAUUGGAAGCGAAGAUUUGGCAAUAAAAAUUGUAUGAGUGGAUUAGGUACCUACUGGAGUGCGUCCAAGAUUGAAUUACGAGUUCGAGUACAAAUACGUGAAUGAGUACGAAUAACUUGGAUUUUAUCAAAUUGAACAUUUAAAAUUAUUUUAGUCUUUACUUUUAUAUUAUACGUUUUAAUUGUAUUAUAAUUUUAGUAAUUUAAUUAAUUAAUUAAUUUUUAUAUUAUAAGUGAAAAAAUAAGUUAUUUAAAUUUUAUUAUACAAUUUUAGUAUUUCUAUUAAACAAUUAUACGUGUAGGUACCUUUAAAUUCUCAUAACACUCCUAUCGUACAUCGUAUCGUACUUUGGGGUUACAGAUCCAAGCAAGACUUAAUUGAGGGGACAACUCAACGCGUUGUCUCGAGCUCUCAUUGUCAGAAGAAACAACAGAACAGAAGGGCGCUGUUCGGCUAAUGAUAUUUGCUUAGAUUUGGCGCGAACACAAUAAAAUUCUAUAUAAUUAUGGUCUAAUAUGCAAAUAUGGGUUAGAGUUUAAUAUAUUACAAUUAUAAUUAGCAUUAUACAUAUAUGUAUCGAAAUGUUGUUGCAAACGUGUCGUAUACAGGAGAAAAUUCUCUCCAGUGCUUUAAUUCUAUAAUAUAUAGCUUCAAAUGGCGUGAAUGCUUUAUUCUGGAUUUAUUUAUUUUUAACAGUCUCUGUAAUGUGGCUAUAAUAUAAUGCAUUGCAAGAAAUGGAGACCCGGAUUCGAUUCUUAUUUGAGCCAAUAUAGGAAAUGAAAUUUUCUUAGCUCAUUCGAAAUCGGGUGUUCUGGGUAUUGAUCCCUGGAUCUUCGUUUGCUUAGUUUCUCAUAGCACAGGGUAUCUCAAUUAUAUUGUGGCCCACACGUUAGUGUGAUUGUCAGGCACCUAUAAUUUAAUUAUGACUGAUUACCUCGAAUACGUUGAUAUUAUUUAAAACAAGCAAUGCAUACGUUGUGUAGUAUUCAUUCAAAGUACCUAUAGUCAGUUCCUUAUUAUGUAUUAUUUUUGGAACAAAUAAAUGAACAUGAUUAAAUAUAA